AUGCCACGCAACGGUGAAGCAUCAUCCGGACUGGAUAAAGGGGUCAGCAGCUCGAAAACGGCCCCAGAAUGGCUGCAUCCAGAUCAUGUCAUCAUGAACGAAGGUGUUACGUUCGACGUGCGGUACAUUGGAUGUUUGGAGAUAAAAGCUUCCAUGAAAAAACUCGACUUUCCAACGCGAUCACAGGUGGCAAAAGAAUGUAUUAACCGGGUGUGCGAAGCGGCCAGUCUGAAAAGCUCCAAAAAGCGACGGGUCGAUAAGCGAGUUCUGCAAUGUAUAUCCGAUACGCCCGAUAUGGAGCAUGCCGGCACUAACGUAACGCUAACGGUUUCUAGCAAAUAUCUGUCGCUGGUUAAUGUAGACACGGGCGACAUCAUCGCCAAGCACGACAUGCCGAGAAUAUCGUUCGCUUCCGGGGGUGAUACGGAUACACUCGACUUCGUGGCAUACGUAGCGAAAGAUCUGAACGAAUGGAGAGCUUGCUAUGUGCUGGAGUGCGGUGGCAGCCUCACGCAGGAUUUAAUCGCAACCGUUGGUCAAGCGUUCGAGCUGCGGUACAAAGAAUUCUUCAAACAGCCUGAAACGCAAAACAAAUUCCGCGAGCUGACGCGCUCGGACAAAGAGUACUACAACGACCUGCCGGACAAGAUGCCUCCGGAUCUGUUGACGGAGAAUGAUCAUCAUUCGACGUCACAGUCGCACAGUUCCUCCAGCGCAAAGCAAACUCGGGAACGGAUACCAAGCAAUUUGAUUGACCUGAACACACCGUUACCGUGUCACGAUUAUGUGAACGAUAAGCAUGCAAAUGCCUCCAACAACACGCACAGCAAUAAGUCAAUAUCUUCCACCUCGAUCGUAAAAGAUGUAUUUGAUAUGCAACCGUUUACUAUCUCGUCUGAGAUCCAAAAGUCCCAGCUGCUCACCGAAUCAUGGUAUCACGGUAGCAUUAGCAGGGCACAGUCGGAACAUCUUCUAAAAAAUGAUGGUGAUUUUCUUGUGCGCGAGUCGGCCGGUACGCAAGGCCAGUACGUCUUGACCGGCAUGCAGAACAACUCACCCAAGCACCUGCUGCUGAUAGAUCCGGAAGGAAUCGUACGAACCAAAGAUCGAGUCUUCGAUAGUAUUAGUCAUCUUAUCAAUUUUCACUGGACAAACUCUCUGCCGAUCAUUUCCGCGGAAAGUGCACUAUUACUACGGCAUCCAAUCUUACGGACGACCGAUUUGCUGUCGAAGGCCAAAAUGGCUCACCUAAAUUUGCAGUAG